GCUGAGGGAAAAUACGAAAAGGCAGAGGAACAUGGAAAAUCCCCGCUUCCCAUGCCAAGAAUUUGCUACAGCAAAAAAACAGGCUGAGACCGGGAGCGUGUUGUGGAAGAAGUUUGAAACGAGAUGUUUGAUAACAUCCUCCACACUCGCUCCCAAACGUGCCAUGAAACAUUUGCAAUCGGCGCAUGUAGAGAAAGAGCGACUGCAUUGUACGGUCGGAUCGCGUUAGCCCGAACCGAUGCCGGCCUCCUCAAACUGGAUUUGUUUUGCUGGAGUGCGGCCCGCUGCGGACGUCUGCUUUCAUUUCCCCAGCUUGUUGCUUCCAAAGCGGCACCGCGACUAUCUAUAGAAGCGACUCUAUUUUCAGAGCGCGCGGCGUCGACGCCAUGGAACGUUUGUUGACCAGUCGCACGUCGCGCACAAAUGGCUCGCUCCGUUUCAACCGCAGUGACACAGUUUCCCUUGUGAGAAAACAAAGACCCGCGGUUCCCAGAUCAUGGCCUUGCCCGGGGGCCUGGGAUUCGUUCAAGAGAAGAAUGCGACCCUUGAUCUGGCGGAGGAAGAGAUCGGCCUGCUACGGGUGAAGGUGGAAGAGAGCUGCUUCGUUGCCGAGAGGGCCUUGCUCGCCAGGCACAGCGACUACUUCCGGGCCCUCUUUCGGUCCGGCAUGCGAGAUAGUAAGCAGGAGGAGCUGCACCUGAAAGGAGGGCUGCGCGCCAGAGGUUUCCUCAUCGCUCUCGCCGUCUGUCGGCGGGAGAUUCCCACCCUGCGCCACCCGGAGGAGCUGCUCGACGCCGUGGAGUGCGCCGCUUUCCUUCAGGUGCCGCGUUUGAGUCGACACCUUUGUGACAUCGUCGAUUCGGACAACUGCCUCUUGCUGUACCGCGCCGCCGAUACCUUUGGGGUGGAGGACCUCUUUGGCAGCGCCGCCCUGUUCCUUCGCGACGCCUUCGACGACCUCGAGGAAACGGCGCGGGCGACGCUCCCCGAUGGUCUGCUGCAGUAUUGUCAGUCGUUAUCGCCCGCAUCUUACGUGGCAAUCGGUACCCACUCUCCUUCAACGGAGCUGCUCGGCGACGCCCACCGGGUCGUGCGCUACCUCGAUGAGAAAGAAGGACACUGGAAGCAUCUGGCGCACCUCCCGACCUCCUGCAGUACCUCCAUGUGCGGUGUGGCGGUGCUGGACAACCUCCUCUACAUUGUCGGGGGAGUUUACGGUUACGGAAAAGACGCUGUUGACGGCGCCUUCCGCUUUGAGCCCGAAUUGGGGGUUUGGACCGCGCUCCCGGGACCCCAGCGACCCAGAUAUGAUUUCACCCUGCUGGGGCACGAGGGCCGACUCUACGCCGUCGGAGGCGAGUUCCGGAAAAAGCACACCGCCAGCGCGGAGCGUUAUGACCCUUCGAAGGGAGAGUGGACUUUUAUACGACGGGCACCGAGGCCCGUCGCGUCGGCCGCUUGCGCCGUCGCGAGGCGUCGGAUGUUCGUCUGCUUCUGGAAGCCUCCCGAUACCACGGACAUUUACGAGUAUGUGGCGCUGGAUGACCGCUGGAAAUGGACCACCGCCAUGAUCAGACCUCAGAGUUACGGCCACUGCAUGGUGGCCCACGGGGACAAUCUGUACGUCAUGCGCAACGGGCCCCGCAAUGACUUUCUCCGCUGUCUCAUGGACUGCUACAAUCUGACCACGGCUCAAUGGACAGCCAUGCCGGGGCACUACAUCAACAGCAAGGGGGCGCUGUUCACCGCCAUGAUCAGGGCUGACUCCGCGCUCACGGUGAAGCACAUGCUCACGCUCGAGUAUGCCGUCGGCGCACGUGGAUGGAAGCCCCGAAGGCAGAUGAAGGGCUUUCCGCAGAGCGGAUCGCUCCGGACGUGUUUGCUUCGGCUUCCCAAGACCGGGCCGGCGAUAGCCCAAAAGGGACUGCUUUUGAAAGACAAGACAGUGCGGUCGGCCGAUGACAUGCUGGCGGUCUAAGGUUUUUGGAGGGAACUGCGAUCAUUGGGACACGCCGUCUGUUCUCAGGAUUUCAUCGUGUCGGAAAAAUCUUCCUUUGGAUCAGUAAUGCUUCUGUCAGGCCAGGGGUUCUCAAACUCUUUAGGUCCCGAGAUCCCCGACAAGGGAAAAGGGUCCCAUUAGGAACCAAAAUUCAACAGAACGCGCGCCCCUAAAUUGUUGUCGGACCGUUCAACCUGAAGAUGGACCGACUGUUUACCCCUUUCAACAAGAUGGCGAACACCCAGUUGCCCCCAUCGCCGCUUGACCACCUAUGAAAGCAAGAUACGACGUCAUUCCAGACCCCCCCGCUCUCCAGACCGGCCUCUGAGAACAACCUGCAUUUUCACCGUUUGACAUCUCGGUGGAGUCACUUACUGUUCUGGCGGGUGGCAGAUUGGGAAGGUUCUUCGGUGGGACGGGGACGUGUUUGGUUGCUUUUCCGUUGACCAGGAUGCUUGCUCUGUCAUCUGCAAUGUAAAAGUAGCAUCGAAGUGAACGGCCAUGUGAUCUUGCGCGCCAUUUUGAAAUAAACGGAGUCCAUUCUA